AUGCCAAAGCGCAAGCAUUCCGAUUUCAACGGUCCCGCAUCGUCGGACACUCGCAAGCUUUCAAUGAGAGCCGCGCGAAUGACGAACAAAUUCGACCAAAGCGUACAAAUCAUAAUCAAAGGCCUGAAGACCGCACGAGGAUUCGAGAGACAAAAGCUCAGUCGCCGAGAGAAGACUGCCAGAGCACCGUACGAUUCAGUGACCUUGGCGCGGUUGGCAGAGGAAGUGGAAGCAUUAAAGAAACUCGAUUACCAGACUACUGCCGAGCGAUACCUCUAUAAACAGCUUUCCAAGACAAAGCGCAUUGCAGAGAACCCGAUCUUCAAGGAAUUCGAAGAGGCAAAGAGUGUCUCUACGCAAGGACCUAAGAGUACCGCGGAAGCCAACAUCAUUGCGCGACUGUUUAAAUCCAACCCAGUGAAGAAUGUAGUGACACCCAUUUUGACCGAGAUUCGGAAAUUGCUGGGCAUCGAGGAUGUUCCUGCUGGAAAGCAAGACAAGACUAAGGCCAAGAAGGAUGAGACUUCGAAAGAGAAGUCCGAGAAGACUGCGCGCAAGCAGAAACAGGGGUCCAUAUCGGGCUCUGAGUCUGGAGAUGAAGGAAAGGGAGUUUCUCGCGCUGAAGAUAUGGCCAUUUCGGGUGACGAUGCAUCUGUGGAAGAUUUUUCUGAAUUCGAUGCCCGGUUAGCCCCAGGCUCUGGCUCCGAAGGCGAGGAGUCAGAUGAGGAUGAGGAUGAUGAAAACGACGACCGCCUUGCAGGUGACAUCUCUGACUCUGUUUACUCUCGUUCGCCAUCUCCCGACUUCUCGGCAGAAGAAUCAGAUUCCUCACCACCGCCUAAGAAGACCAAGGCCAGCAAGGCCCCAGCACAGACCACAACAUUCCUUCCAUCUCUCAUGAACGGCGGCUACUGGUCUGGCUCCGAAGAAGAAGCAACAGAUGACGAAGCUGCCGCGGCUGCUGCUCCCCCGAAACGGAAAAACCGCAUGGGUCAACAAGCGCGACGUGCGUUGUGGGAGAAGAAGUUCGGCGAAAAGGCGAACCAUGUGCUGGCAGAACAGAAAAAUCAAAAACGCAAUAGGGAUAGCGGAUGGGAUACUAAGAGGGGAGCAACUGGUGCUGCGGGCGGUGCUAGAGAUGCCCGGGGUGGACGUGGUGGACGCGGUGGACACGGGAGUGAUCCAGCACGACCACUUAAUCGCGCAGAACGCCGUGCUGCUGGCGAUUUCUCUAGCCACAAGGCUAAGACCGCUGAUGAUACGGGACCUCUGCAUCCUUCUUGGGAAGCAAAGAAAAAGCAAAAGGAACAGGCUGCUGCUGUCUUCUCAGGAAAGAAGCUUACAUUCGAUUAG